GAAAUACUGUAGCUAAUUGACUGAAUGCCCAAUUAAAGGUAUCUUGGGUAGCGGCGCAUGUGUAAUAUACUAGCAGCGAGAUUAAUUAAUUGGUUGAUGUUCCGAAAGCAACUUUCGAUAUUUACAGAUUACUACUGCCUUGUCUAGGUCUCAGCCUCAGCUCAGCGCAUCCACGCGCAACCAAAAUUGCGUCACCGCGCCAAAUUCAAUUGAGCCUCUCCAGCGACAUGCCAAACCAACACACCAUGAGCCGCGCAACACCACGAAAAUCUCGCCAUAGACGCGAUGCAAGCGGCGGCGGAGGACCCAGUGGGCAUCAUUUGCCCAAGACGGUCGCCACGUCCGACUACGAAUCCGAUGCCGUACACUACCUCGAGACGCGUACCCCAGCCGUCACCGAGGCCGCCCUGCUGCCGCGCCUCAACCGCACAAACACCGAGAUCAACCUCUCCGUCCUGCAGCGUUGGCUGCCCAACAUCCGGUCGAUCGCAUCGAUAGCAGCCAACGCCGUCGUCUAUGCGUUUUCUCCUACCACCCACGAGUGGGACAAGGCCGGCAUCGAGGGCGCCAUGUUUGUUUGCGACCAGGAUCCCACCGAGCUCGGAAUGCCGCGCAGCUGCGUCUACCUGCUCAACCGCCGCUCGCUCGACAACCUACAUAUUGACCUUGCCGCCGUCAGCCAUUUCGAAGUUCAAAACGAGCUGCUCAUAUUCAACCUGGGCGACAAGGUCCUGGGGCUUUGGAUCCAUGCCGACCAAGAGGACACGAGGGAUACAAACGCGGCAACAAUACAGGAGCGGUGGGCGCGUGUCCGAGCCGCCGCCGUGCCUGUGGGCCAGGCGGAAGCGCAAAAGACUGGAGGCACAAGUGCAGCUGGAGAGACGAUGGGGCCCGCCAUGCAGGCCAUUGGUAGGAGACUUAGCAUCAGUGAUCUGUUUGGUCGCGCAAGGGAUACGGCGGACGGCUAGUAUACAAAUGGAUCAAUCUUCAGGCCCGACCCCAAACUCUCCCGACUCGUAUAGAGUCCUGAUAGGCACGCCGCGUUGCUCGGCGAUCAUCCCGAUCAGCUGCUGCCCUACAUCCCUCAGCUCGUUGUACUGUUGCAGCAGUUCUGAGCGGGUGCGGUCGGGUUCUUGGCUUGAGGCAUCUCUAGGUUUUGCUUCGGUGCUGUACAAUAGUUAGCAACCGUGAAGAUUCCUAAUCACUAUCCAGUAGAGAUGAGCAUACGGGCGGACUAUUGGGAUAGAAGUCUCAUGCGAAGCCCUGUCUGCCUGAGUAGCCUCGAGAGCAUCAUGAGAUGGAGACUUUUGCUUGUGGGGUGAUGGCGAUCGACUCGUAGCAUUUUUAUGGUCAGCCUCAGUUGCAGGCAUAUUUAUUUUUAGCUGAAGCCUCGUCAAUGAUAAGGGUUAAUUCGCCGAACGCACUAGAGGCUAGCAG